AGGUAAAUUGCUCUUUUAAUUAAAGCAAUGCACCAGGGGAAAUUGCUGUCUGAAUAUUGUCUCAGAGAUGGGGGCCAGAGACAGUUGCCUGGAAACUUCAAUCUGUCCACCCGCAUUUAUUCCAGAUCACAGUUAUGAGAUAAAGUUUAAUAAAAAUCUUUUCCUCCGCCACCAACCAAAUGAAAUCCAACCCUUUCUGAACAAGCGAACACAAUGAGACAGGACUGCGGAGGAAACCUCAUGUUCAACAUGUAUCUCUCAGAUCCAACAGAAAAUUUGUUGAAAGACAGCAAAGGAACAGCAUGGGGUCCAAUAAAUACAGGAGUACAGAAAGGCAGCGGGCAGAUUCAGCUCUGGCAGUUCCUCCUGGAGCUCCUGUCUGACAGCACCAACAUAUCGUGUAUCGCCUGGGAGGGCACCAACGGCGAGUUCAAGCUCAUCGAUCCAGACGAGGUGGCCCGGCGCUGGGGGGAGCGCAAAAGCAAACCCAACAUGAACUACGACAAGCUGAGCCGGGCGCUGCGCUACUAUUACGACAAAAACAUCAUGACCAAAGUCCACGGCAAAAGAUAUGCCUAUAAGUUUGAUUUCCAUGGCUUGGCGCAGGUGUGCCAGCCGUCCACUACGGAGCAGGCCAUCUACAAGUUUCAGGGUAACUUCUCCCCGAUUCCCUUUCCCGGGAUUUCCAAACUGAACCUCGCGGCUGCCGGCGUGGGGCCGUCGGGCUUCUCCUACUGGCCCGGUUCUCCUCCAGCGGCUCUUUAUCACAGCCACAACCUCCAGCCUCCAGGGCCAUUUGGCACCGUAUCUCCGUCCCACAUCAGCUGUGUCAAUAACAUCAACAGUCUGAGUAACAUAAACAACCAUUACAACUGACUUUUAAUGCAUCUUUUAGACAAACUGGAAGAAUAUUUACACCACAA